AGCCAACAGGCAAGGCAGUGGGGGAAUCACCGCAGCCUUCCUUCUCUCUCCCCCCUCCCCACAUCUUCCUUCCUUCCUUUUUUCCCCCUUGCACCAUUCAACACUUUCCUACAUCUCCUUCUGCAUGGUGGAUAUUAUUUUCCCUUAUCCUUUCCUGGGUGCUAUGGGGGAUCAUUCCAAAAAAAAACCCGGGAUUGCCAUGUGCGUGGGAUGCGGAAGCGAAAUCCACGACCAGUACAUCCUGAAGGUUUCCCCGGACCUGGAGUGGCACGCGGCCUGCCUGAAAUGCGCGGAUUGUAGCCAAUAUUUGGACGAAACGUGCACUUGUUUUGUGCGAGAUGGCAAAACGUACUGUAAAAGGGACUAUAUCAGGGCGGGCCUGCCGCUCGCAGACUCGGUGCCCGGGCGGCAGCCUUCCUUGCGUCCCCACGUGCACAAGCAGGCGGAGAAGACGACGCGGGUGCGGACGGUGCUGAACGAGAAGCAGCUCCACACGCUGCGCACCUGCUACGCGGCCAACCCGCGGCCGGACGCCCUGAUGAAGGAGCAGCUGGUGGAGAUGACCGGCUUAAGCCCCCGCGUCAUCCGCGUCUGGUUCCAGAACAAGCGCUGCAAAGACAAGAAGAAAUCCAUCCUCAUGAAGCAGCUCCAGCAGCAGCAACACAGCGACAAGGCGAGUUUGCAGGGCUUGACUGGAACCCCGUUAGUGGCUGGCAGCCCAAUCCGGCACGACAGCGCGGUGCAAGGUAAUGCAGUCGAGGUGCAGACCUAUCAGCCGCCUUGGAAAGCGCUCAGCGAUUUUGCCCUGCAGAGUGACUUGGAUCAGCCGGCUUUCCAGCAACUGGUCUCUUUUUCAGAAUCCGGCUCCUUGGGCAACUCCUCCGGCAGCGAUGUGACCUCCUUGUCGUCCCAGCUCCCCGACACUCCCAACAGCAUGGUUCCGAGUCCCGUGGAGACGUGAGAGAAGAGGGUCCCUCCGCCACCCGCCCAGCUCCACCACGCCCCCGGACUUUCGCAUGCCCCUGCUCCCUUGCAUGAGAUCUCCUGAGCUAUGUGCAAAGUCAACUCUUUAAAUUAUUACCUUUAUUUAAAAUCUUCGUUCUUUCCUCAUCCAUCUUGGCUGUAAUCGUUCCGAGCACCAGAUUCAACCACCUUUCCUGAGGCCUCAAAAA